UCUGCCCUGUUGUUUUUAUUAAAACAUGCCCAGCCUUUUCCAAGACAACCAAGAGGGCCUUCAGAAACACUGUUCCAGGUCAUCUACGUGGAAGAAGUUUUUGCCCUUGUUUAGGGCUGAAGGAUAUAAUGCAACCAUCCACCGAACCCCAGAACAUGAAGAGGACACCAAAGCUGUGCAUGACUUCAAGGCCUUCCCGCUUCGGCCUUCGCAGCUUCCAGGCUCGCCCGCUGGACCGAAGCUGCCUGGACUCCUUUCUAGCUGGCUCUCCGGCCUCGCGCGGCUCUUCGCUCACCAUCUCCUGCGACCCCCUCUGGAGGCUCCCCAGCGACGUCUGGACUUCUCCCCUUUGCUCCCCGCCUUGCCAGCGGCCGGGCUCUUGAGGGGGCACGCGGAACGGCCGGGCCGCCUCUCGUUCCUGCUUGGGGCAGCGCUGGCACUGCCCAGCCGACCCCCAGGCCCACCUGCCCGCUGGGUCGCCGAGCCCCGGGAAGAGGACGCCCGCACCCGGCAGAGCUCGCCGGUGCCGCCUAUGGGAUCAGAACGGAUGGAGAUGCGAAAACGGCAGAUGUCUGCAGCCCAGGAGACACCAGGCGCCACUCCAAGCCAGCACAUAGGGGGAAAUCAUGGAUCAAAUGCCUGCUGCUUCUGCUGGUGCUGCUGCUGUAGCUGCUCUUGCCUCACUGUCAGAAACCAAGAAGAUCAGAGACUCAGGAGGGCUUCCCACGACCUGAGAACAGAGGGCACCCCAACCUGUGAAGAAAGCAUGACCCCCACUCUGGAAGAAGUCAGCACCUGGGCCCAGUCCUUUGACAAGUUAAUGAUCACUCCAGCAGGAAGAAAUGCAUUCCGUGAGUUCCUUCGGACAGAAUUCAGUGAAGAAAAUAUGCUUUUCUGGAUGGCCUGUGAGGAACUGAAAAAAGAAGCCAAUAAAAACAUGAUUGAAGAGAAAGCAAGGAUAAUAUAUGAAGACUACAUUUCUAUUCUUUCUCCUAAAGAGGUCAGCUUAGACUCCCGAGUAAGAGAAGUCAUCAACAGAAACAUGUUGGAACCAUCCCAGCACAUAUUUGAUGAUGCACAACUUCAGAUUUACACUCUAAUGCACAGAGACUCAUACCCCCGGUUUAUGAACUCUACUGUCUAUAAGGACUUGCUCCAGUCCUUAUCUGAGAAAUCCACUGAGGCAUAG